UUUUUUCUUUCAUCCAUCUCUAACAUGUAUACUGACGAGUCUUUUAGGAUUAAGCCCAUGCGAAAGUAUGGCAAGCCAGAAUGGCGGAUCGUCAAGGAUUAUAGGAACUUGGAUGUGGUGAAGCCCAAGGAGCGAGAGGGGUGCAGGACGCCUGUCGUCAAUCCAGGCACGCUUGGAGAGAUCGACGGACAGCCUGUGGGUACGCGCUAUGUGGACAGGACGUUGCUUUUGGAGGCGGGGAUGCAUGGAGGCAUCCGAAGGGGAAUCUACUCGUUCAAAGGGAGUGCGCGGUCUGUCGUACUGUCGGAUGGGUAUGAAGAGUUCAACAAGGACAAAGGCAAUAGAAUCCGGUUGUGUGGAGAAGGCGGACGAAGCAAGGACGGGAAGAUGCAAGUCAAGGACCAGGAGUACACCCACGGAAACAGGGCUCUGCAGAACACGAUGCAAUCUGGCCAACCUGUACGCGUGAUUCGGGGAUACAAACUCGAUUCAAAAUAUGCCCCAAGCAAUGGGUUCCGCUACGACGGUUUGUACAGAGUGACGGGUUGCUAUGAAAAGCGGGACGAAAAUGGAUAUAGGGUCAUUUUAUUCAAGCUCGAGCGACUUCCUGGUCAACUCCCCAUCGGAACUCCAGGUAAAUUUUGGGUGUAUCCUAAUUCCAAUGCUCCCGCCAAGACGACCGAGCCGUCUGAGCCUAAGAAGACCGAGUCGACGUCCCUCUUCCCGCCUCGACCCAAGCUCCCUUCCUUCUACAAAUCCAGCACAUCUUCGCACACCCUCCCAUCCAACUGGCAACAAAUCGCCGUGAACCAAUCAUAUCCUACGCGUUUGUAUUCCGACAGCGGUGCUCCCAUGUUACCUGUCCCUGCAGUCAAAGUGAUGCACCAGAAAGAGAAUUACUGCGAUGAUACUCUGCAGUACCCAAUCAAAUCGGAAAGCCCCUCCUCAGUCCCUCUCUUGCAGUACCCUGAAUGCGACAUCAAGGAUAUCGGGCCUUCCAGAACUCAGGAGAGCACGGCUACAUUGACGUCACCCAUUUCCACGCCCACACCCCGCACCUUGGCCAAGAAACCCAGUCCGCUCCCGCGCAUCCGCGUCAAAGCCGAGUCCCCACCUCUCGCCUCGGUGCGCAAGAGAUCGGGGAGUACCCUCGGCGAUCCCCUCCCCCGCAAGCGCCAGAAACUGUCCAACACCCCGCUCGUCAAAGCCGAAUCCCCUCCACCCUUCUGCGAGAGGCUGGGUGGCGGUCUUUCUGAGCGUGGUCCUCGGAAGAGGAAGUAUAGCGAUAUGGAGGAUUGUGUAUGAAAUUUGUGUCGUAUAUUUCAAUAUUUCUACUGUCCACCUAUAUUGUCUCUAUCUAUGCCCAACUUCUAUCUUAUUUUUCUGAAAUAUCCCUUCUACUAUUACUGUGAUGGUCCCUACAUUGAUUUCGUUGAUUUUUGCUCAAGUUGUGUGGCUGUGCACCUUCUUACGACGAUCUUCCUUUCUUUUGUUAACCAUCACAACAAAUCUACUCGCUCCUAUGAACUGUGACUGCGACCCGAUACCGAUGAUUCACAUUGAUGAUUAAUGAUAGGUUUGCCUCAGCACGACUCAACGUGACUCUGGCCUUCAGCGUUAACAAAUAUCGACCUCUAUCAGGUGUUUAGAUUACAUGGAUGUCAUGAAUCCAGGCGAUUUUUUUGCGAGCCACAUCAAUAUCCUCCGGAUCGUCGUAGCUUUCAAGACCC